AUGUGUAUCAUAUGCAAAGUCGCGGUGUUGGUGUCAAAUAGCAUUGCUAUACUGUGCACCAUCGCCAGACUUGUUUACAGAGCCUGGACGCGUCACUUCUGGUGGGAAGAUGCAUGGGCGGCAGUUGCACUGAUAGCAGACGUUCUCUGCCUGGCGUGUCUCUGGCUCGACCGAAGAAUAACUUGUGAGUGUUUGACUUCGCACUCCAAUAUUAAUCGUGUGUUCAUGAUAUUCCCAGCCUGGAUCCUCCCGGUAACGUUCACCUUCGUCCUAUGGGCUGCGCGCAUGAGCAUCAUUUUCUCCGUCAUCCGCAUCGCCAACCACUCGGGCCACAAGUUCCUUAAACAGAUCACGUAUCUCAUUUCAGCGUCCUUUGCAUGUAUGUGGGCAGCGCUGAUCGCCCAGAAGAUGACCGUAUGCGAACUUCGCUCGUGCAUAACGCUGCUGUCGGUGGCGCUCUUGGAACUGAUCGCGGACUGCUUCGCGGAUAUUUCCCUCAUUGUUGCGCCACUGUAUCUCUGGAACAACGUAGGGCUCUCGCGUAGCAGACAAAUAUCAAUCCAAUCUGUGUUCAGCGCAUCUCUUUUAACCACCAUAGUCACAAUCAUCCACUCCAUAAACCUCUCCAUGGGCCACACGUCGACCACGCUUAUCUUCGCGUAUGUCAGAGCUGCCCUCAGUCUAUUCAUAUGCAAUAUCCUGGUGAUCGUGACCUUCUUAUAUCGCAUGUGCUCAAAGGAAACGGUCGAUUUCGGCCAAUCAUUUGCAUCUAAUCAAGUCUUCACAAGCAUCAUCCUCACGCCGAUGCCCAGUAGCACAACCCCCCGAGACGCUAUUCUCUGUACAAGAGGAGACAACCUCGAGAUAGAGAACUGCGCUACAGACCGGAGCGACGAAGCCAAAGGGUGA